AUGUCUUCAGUUUUAAGUUCUUUUUUCUCUAGAGAUCCCCGCACCUCAUUCCCCUAUUCGCUUCCUACCGAGACUUUUACUGUUCUUACACAAGAACAAAUAAAUGUUGGCAAAAGUUUAAAAAAGUCAGAACCUCAAGAAAAGGCAACCUGUUUUUGGACUUUAAAUGCAAAUUCGACUUCACUUAAAAUUCAAGCUCAAAAAUUGAAAACUCUGAGGCAUCCUAAUGUGCUAGCUUAUUUGGAUUCUUUGGAGGUUGAAGGCUCAUUCUAUUUAAUUACCGAACCCUGCCGGCCUCUUGCCUAUUAUUUAUCAGAAACUAAAUUGACCGCUACACAAUUAGAAUUGGUUGUAUCCUGGGGUUUAUAUCAAGUUUUGAAUUGCCUUAAAUUUUUACAUAAUGAAGCUAAAUUGUCUCAAAAUAAUAUGCGAAAUGCAAUUUUUGUUACUUCCUCUGGUGAUUGGAAAUUGGCUGCUUUUCAAAGUUCAGGCAGUUUAAGCUCUCCCCAAGUCGAUUUAAACGACCUAGCCUCAGUUGUUCUUCAAAUAUUUACUAAAAAUGAUUCUUUGGAUAUUUCUUCCCCUACUGCUCUUUCAAAAAUACCUAAAAGAAUACAUCCUUUAUAUAAACGGCUAUGUGCAAAAUCGCGAGCGGUGAUGACUGUUGGAGAUAUUUUGAAUGAAUGUAGAGCAAAUGGAGGGUUUAUGAAAAAUAAAUUUGUCGAUACUUUAUUGUUUCUUGAUGAAUUUCAGCUUCGAGAAGCACCAGAAAAACAAUCUUUUUUUGUUCGUUUAAACACAAAUUUGGAACUUUUUCCUGAAGAUAUUGCGAGAAAUAAAAUUUUGCCUAAACUUAUUCAUACUUAUGAGUACGGAGAUGCUGGUUCACAUAUUCUUCUUCCAAUGUUUAAACUUGGCAAAUUACUUGAUGAAGAUGAGUAUCAACAACGAAUAGUUCCUUGCCUAGUGAAGCUGUUUAGUUCUUCUGAUCGUACUACUCGAGUCAAAUUACUAGAAAAAAUCGACGAGUUUUCCAGCCGCUUAAAACCUCAAGUUGUCAAUGAUAAAAUUUACCCGUUUGUUUUUUUCUUUAGUUUAGCAUUAAAAAAUUACAUUUUUUCAAGUAAUUUAAUUACCGGUUUCCUCGAUUCAAAUUCAGCUGUUCGUGAAAGCACAGUUAAAGCUAUUGUUUCCUUUGCAGAUAAAUUGAAUUAUAAUAAUUUAAAUAAUGAUUUGAUGAAAUAUUUGGCUAAAUUACAAGGAUCAGAUCCAGAACCUAGCAUUAGAACAAAUACAACAAUCUGUCUCGGCAAAAUUGGUUGUUUUAUCGAUGCCAGCCAUCGUCAAAGAAUUUUAAUUUCUGCUUUUACACGUGCCUUAAAAGACCCAUUUCCCCCUGCAAGAUUGUCUGGUGUUAUUGCUUUAAGUGCAACACAACAAUAUUUUUCUUUAAAUGAAGUAGCUCAAAAAGUUUUGCCAAAUUUGAGUCCGUUGGCUGUUGACCCUGAAAAACAGGUUCGAGACCAAACAUUUAAAGCUCUAAGCGGCUUUCUCGAAAAACUCCAAAAAGCAAGUGAUAACCCCGAACUUAUUGCUGAAAUGGAAGCACAAGUUAAGGCUGGUGGAAAGGUUGGGUUGCUUAGUGGAGAUAAGGUCCCUCAUUGGGCUGGUUGGGCAAUUAAAGCAAUUUCUGGUAAAUUUUAUAAGUCUACAACAACUCCAACACCUGAAACAACCCCAACUGAACAACAAAAUGUUAAAGAAGCUUCUUCUAAAAUUGAAAAUGAGAAGCUUAUAUCGAAAGUAAAUGUGGUUAAUAAAAUGGAGGAUAAAAAGGAGGUUGGGGAUUUAUUUUAA